AUGAGAGCGUUAUCUAACAUUUCGACAACAUCUUCGUCUCAUCAACAUGUUCACUAUGCUAAAAAGAACAAACUAAAAUCAUUGAUAAAACUUGAAGGAAUUCUUCCUCCUUCUUCAACAAACCUAAAAUUAGAUUUAGUGGAGCCAAUUUUGUUUCUAAGAGGAAUCCCACAAGAAUCUGUAGGUUGUUUCUUGAGAGGUAAAUUAAUUCUGAACUUGAGUAAACCUACAAAGAUAAAGAAAAUAGAGAUGAGAUUUGUUGGAAAAAUAAAAACCUUUUGGCCCGAGGGAAAGAUUUAUGCUG